AUGCUUCGCUCCUUUCUCUCAAUAACCGGCCUCCAACGCAAUGACUACAUUUUUCCAACCGUUGACCCCAAACAAGACGGCCCAGACUGCAAGAAAGACUGCGCAGACUGCACAGUAAACCUCCCAGAAAAAGUCAAGAUCGAAGAAUCGCGACCGCUCUACGGUCAUAUUAAGCAGUUUCAUACCCACGUCCUAGUUGCGACGGGGAGGUCAGAUUGGAAGCAGCAUGUGGAGCAUGAGCGAGGGAGUUUGAUGGAGGCUUUUGAUGGAGCUUCUUCUCAGCACGGUCGCAUGAUGAUCUCUGCGUCAAAUCUGAGAUCUCCAGAUUUCAGUGGGGAUGAGACUAAAGAAGGCAACGGGACCACCGUUCUUCUUCUCCCAUCAUUUACAUUCGUCGACGCCGUGAGUCCUGGGGAUGUUAAGGAGGUCAUCAACCACUUCAUCGACGCGCCAUUAUCACACCCGUCGAAGACAAUCUCACCACCGCCCGACUUCCGACUUAAAUCUCGACCAUGCGAAUACGACCAUGUCGUGCUCCUCUGCUCACACAAACGGCGCGAUGCACGAUGCGGCAUUACAGCACCCUUGAUCAAAAAAGAGCUUGAGAGGCAUCUCCGGCCACACGGCCUGUAUCGCGACGCAGACGACGAACGGCCUGGUGGCGUAGGGAUCUUCUUUGUUUCCCAUGUUGGCGGCCACAAGUUCUCGGCCAACGUGCUGAUCUACCGUAAGAAGGAACAGCAGAUGAUUUGGCUGGCGAGGGUUCGGCCUGAGCAUUGUGAAGGGGUUGUAAACUACACACUCCUGCAGGGGAAGGUUGUGCAUCCUGAUUCCCAGCUGCGAGGAGGCUUUGACCGGUUGAAGGGGUUGACGAGUUGCAUCAGGAGACAACAUGUCUUCAUGGAGUCUGUCAUAGAGAGACCAGGAAAGCGACGCAGACGGCCUAAAGUCUCAUGCAGGCUUUGCCGCUUACGCAAAAUUAAAUGCGAUCGAGGACGACCCUGCAGUAACUGCUUGCGUUCCAGAACCGAGAAAUGUAUCUAUGAAGACCUUGGAUCCUCUUCAGUCUCGUCCGGGCAGCAGCUUACUCCGCCAGCUGAAUCUCUGAGUUCAGCAACUGGUGCAUUGGGAACGCCCAUCCACCCAUGCUCGCUGAGAGCCGAGUCUAGUCCAGAUGAUGAAACAACGAGGUUGAGGUCAAAGAUUCAUCAGCUUGAAGAGCAGCUGGCGAAGAUAACACGUCCCGCCCAUGCUUCGUACCCAGACAUCGAAGCAACGAGCUCCCACAUAAGCGGCACAUUCCACCUUCAUUACAAGACGGAUCCGGAACACCGUGAGCCAAUUGCCUGUGGUUUCAGCCUCAAGACACGCUUACUCGGCCAAAGUCACUGGGCUGUUAGUAUAGCCUACUCGGCUCGUGACUUGUUCAAAUUUGUUGAGCUCUAUAUACAUGAGUUUUCCGACGCCUGUGCUGGCAUAGAGAAAUGCAAAGCCCUGGCCAGGCGCAUCAAAGCACAACGGACACCUCCUUGGCCCCCUAUGCCUUCCACAUUACCUUCACGACUCAUUUGUGACACAUUAGUCGAUCGCUAUCUUCGAAGAACCGAGUCCCUGUACCGAAUUCUCCACAUCCCUACUUUCUAUAAGAAAUAUGAAAAGCUCUGGAGCAGCGAAAGGGAGCAAGAUCUAGACUUUGUAAAACAGCUCAAGCUUGUUCUUGCAAUAGGCGCAAUCACAUACGACGAUCAGUUCUCGCUACGGACCUCAGCUACGCAGUGGAUAUAUGAAGCCCAGGUAUGGAUGUCUGGACCAAAGUACAAAGCGAGACUCAACAUCGAGGCCAUGCAAACAAACCUGCUCUUGUUAAUUGCCCAGGAGCAAGUGAGAGUUGGCGGGGAUGUGGCAUGGGUCUCGGCUGGGGCUUUGCUCAGAAAGGCCAUUUACAUGGGUCUCCAUAGGGACCCAAGCCACCUUCCCCAGAGAACGGUAUUUGUCGCCGAGAUGUAUCGGCGACUCUGGAAUACCAUACUUGAGAUCAAUCUUCAGUCAAGUCUGUCCUAUGGCUGCGCUCCUUUAAUCUCACUUUCCGACUUUGACGCCGUCCCUCCCGGUAAUUUUGACGAUGAGCAGCUUGAGGAUGAAGAGCCUAUAUCGAAGCCUGAUUACGAGACAACCCAAUCAUCCUUUGCAAUAGCACUCCGGAGGACUUUGCCUCAACGUCUGGCGGUCGUCAAGUUCUUAAAUGACCUUGAUUCCCCGGGAACUUACAAGCAGACUCUCCAGCUCGAUGCUGAACUGCGCGCGGCAUAUCGAGAGCUAUGCCAGACUCUGCGAAAUUUCACUGAUUCAUCUGCAAGUCCGCUAUCCUUCCAACACCAAAUUGAGAUGGUCGACUUUCUUAUGCAACGCUAUUUCUCCGCUCUUCAUGCUCCGUACCAUGGCCCGUCACUUCACGGAACAACCUACGCCUUUUCACGAAGAUCAGUCGUCGACUCUUCGCUGAAGAUAUGGAGAGCCGCGUGCCUUCCUACAUCUGGCUUGUCGAACGGAAUUGUGAAUCCUGAUAUAUUUCCCGAUAACGAUAAGGAUGGCGGCCUUCCACGCCUAAUUUCAUGCAGCUCGGGCUUCUACCCAACCGCCGUAAGCCAAGCAGCGGUCAUACUCAUCAUGGAACUUCGAGCCCAAUUACAGGAGGAUGCUGGCCUAAACCCCUUUCCCCUGCGCCCAGACCUUCUUUCUGUGCUAGACGACGCAAAAGCGUGGUGUGUGAGGGUUAUCGAAGCUGGUGAGACAAAUGUCAAGGGGUACCUGCUUAUUAGUCUUGUCGUGGCGCAAGUCAAGGGAAUGAUUGACGGGCUUAAGGAUGGCGACAGACGCAUGAAUGACGUGCUGAUUAGCGCCGUGGAAGAUGUCGGGAAGGUGUGCUUGCCGGUUUUGGAAAGGACGGUCAAGAGCCUCGAUGAGGAUCAGGUGCCAGGGGUGAAUGUUGAUAUACCGGUUGACACAAUGUCGAACUGGGACCCUCUGACAUCGCAUCCAGGUGACCUGUUUAAUUUUGAAGGCACCGGCCCCAUGAGCUCUAUGUUCGAUGAUUAUUUCAACCUGGGAGGGGAUGAUUCAGGACUGGGAGUAGAUUUCACCCUUUAG